AUGAAUGAAAUUGAAAUUGCUGCUAUAUUACAUGUACAAUACCGGGGACUGCAGUCUUACAUUGUAUCAUUCUAUAUCAAAAUGGCCACAGUGGUCCAAAAUCCUCUGAAAUCGCAAUCAAGUGGAACUGUCAUAAAGAACAGCCUUGGUGAGGAGUUUUACCGCGAGGCCAUUGAGCACUGCCGCAGUUACAAUGCUCGACUUUGUGCUGAACGCUCCAUGCGCCUGCCCUUUCUGGACUCCCAAACAGGCGUAGCACAAAGUAACUGCUACAUAUGGAUGGAGAAGACCCAUCGUGGGCCAGGUGUGGCUCCAGGGCAGCUGUAUACCUAUCCUGCACGCUGCUGGAGAAAGAAGAGACGGUUAAAUAUCUUAGAAGAUCCACGUCUUGGACCCAUCGAGUUUAAAAUCGACUAUGAAGCAGCACUAAAGAAGGAAGGGGGUGUUCCUGAGGGUCCCGUUCUGGAGUCACUCCUCAGUGGAGAACUUCUGGACAAGAAGGUUGAAACAAAGGAGGAGGAACCCAUGAGUGAAUGCCAGAAGCUGCUGGUGGGAGAUUUUCCUCACGAGCUGGACAUGGAUGAGAUGGAGGAGGAUGUUCCCAAACGCAAGAAUCGCACCAAAGGACGGGCAUGUGGUGUUGGGGGGAUGAGAAAGAGACAGGAACCAGCAUCCCUAGAGGAUCGAGACAAGCCAUAUGUGUGUGACAUUUGUGGGAAGCGCUACAAGAACCGUCCAGGUUUGAGUUACCAUUACACUCACACACACCUGGCAGACGAGGAGGGCGAGGAAGACUCCGAACGGCACACGCUGCCCUUCCAGCGCAAGAACAACCACAAACCCAAAAAAGCAGCCGAUGGUUCCGUCAUCCCGAACGGCUACUGUGACUUCUGUCUAGGAGGCUCGAAGAAAACAGGCUGUCCUGAAGAUCUAAUUUCCUGUGCGGACUGCGGCCGAUCAGGUCAUCCGUCAUGCCUGCAGUUCACGGUCAACAUGACGGCGGCGGUGAGGACCUACCGCUGGCAGUGCAUCGAGUGCAAAUCCUGCAGCCUCUGCGGAACAUCGGAGAACGAUGAUCAGCUUUUAUUCUGUGAUGAUUGUGACAGAGGGUAUCACAUGUAUUGUCUAAGCCCCCCUAUGUCGGAGCCUCCGGAGGGGAGCUGGAGUUGCCAUCUGUGUCUGCGCCAGCUAAAGGAAAAAGCGUCCGCCUACAUCACACUAACCUAAUCUCCGUGCCCUACUUCACCCUAGCAGUCUCAUCCUACUCUAUCCCGUCAUCACAGAUCCAAAGAGACUCCCCCAACAUCCACCAGAAGAGAACAUGUUUCAUCUGCCCAUUGCCUGUAUGGUGACUGCAAGGAAAACGUAGGGUGCGACUAACAUUUUUGUAUGUCAGUUGGGACUCGAGCAGACCUUUCCUCGUCAGUCCCUCCAAAGAGUUCUUUCCUUCAUGGAUCAGAGAGGUCUUCUCCUUGUUUGACUCCAUCUUAUGGUGGUUAGACAAGUAGUGCCAAACGGUUUGUCGCUGAGGAGACAUUUUGCACGAAUCUGAGGGGGGCGUGCCAGUGGAAGGAGUCUCUGUGACAUCAUUAGAUGACGCACCAACUGCAAAAGAAACGAGUGCCACAUGAUCUCACCGCAGCUUUUGGUUGGUUGAGCUCUGGUGAGAGAUGGUAUCAGCGUGCCAUCGAUUUUUAGCGGUAUAUUCUUCAGGAGCAGACACCAGCACGUAAUGAGAUCAUGUUUAGUCAUUCAAUCUGGCCUUAUUCUAGCUGUAAUUAGACUUCUGUUGUAGAGAUGAAUUAAUUCUUUAAUAAUUAAUGUCCCUUGAAGGUACAACUUUUGGUUCUUGCAACACAUUACAGUAAAUUUUUAAAAAAGGUGAUAUAUCAUGAACACCUUUUAACAUGUUAAAAGGAACAUUCCUGGUUUGAUACAAGUUAGCAGAAUAACGUUGAUUACCACAAAAUUGCUCCCUUAUUUUCUUUAAAAAAUCCAAAAAUUGUAGAUAUAGUGAGGUAGAGGUUUGGGAUAUGCAGGACUGAAUGCAAUCUUAUUUAAAGGGAUUAGUUCACUUAAAAAUAAAAAAAUAAAAUCCUGAUAAUUCCAUACAAGUCAUACAAGAUGUUCAUGUCUUUCUUUCUUCAGUCAAAAGAAAAUUAAGGUUUUUGAGGAAAGCAUUUCAGGA